GCCGAUCAUUCACCGAGAAUCUUAGCUGAAGAAAUAGCUAUACGAGAUGUUCGCUUUCAAAAGCCAACAUCUGUCAUCUCCAGUGAUCUCCAACAAGAGCCCAUUAUCAUGCUCAAGCAAAUUCUGCAAAAACUUCCAAGGAAGUCACCAAAAGCAGAUUCAUUUGAUUCUUCUGGAAGCAACUCUGGCAAUAGUAAUACCAACUUCGGUGGAGGAAUACAAUUUACCAACACUUGCAAUGUUAUGUCUGCCCGAUUGAAUGUUGUGAAGCGAAUGUCUUCGGCAAUUUUCCCAUCAAAUAACACUACAGGAGUGGAAAUGGUGGAGCCCCAUAUAUCUUUCAAAGAUGUUUCAAAUUCAGAGAAGCAGAACCUGUUCAUAAGCAAGUUAAACUUAUGUUGUUCGGUAUAUGACUUCAGCAACUCUGAUAAGAACUAUGCUGAGAAAGAUCUAAAACGCCAAAUACUGAUAGAACUUCUUGAUUUUGUUGGUUCGGGGUCUGCUAAAUAUACUGAACUUGCCAUCGCUUCAAUGUGCAAAAUGUGUGCAGCUAAUCUGUUCAGGGAUUUCCCACCCAAGUGUCGGUCAUAUUCUGCUCGUGGUGAAACUGAAGAUGAUGAACCCAUGUUUGAUCCUGCUUGGUCACAUUUACAGCUGGUGUAUGACCUACUCCUUCGAUUUAUAAGUUACAAUUCUCUUGAUGUAAAGGUAGCAAAGAAGUAUAUAGACCAUUCUUUUAUAUUGAGAUUGCUCGACUUGUUUGACUCGGAGGAUCCAAGGGAAAGGGAUUGUUUGAAAACCAUUCUACAUCGGGUUUAUGGGAAGUUCAUGGUGCAUAGGCCUUUCAUUCGAAAGUCUGUGAGCAACAUUAUUUACGUCUUUGUUUUUGAAACCGAGAGGCAUAAUGGAAUUGCUGAAUUAUUGGAGGUUUUUGGUAGUGUAAUUACUGGGUUUGCUAUACCAUUAAAAGAAGAGCACAAGAUGUUCCUAUGGAGGGCUCUGAUUCCUCUACACAAACCUAAGUCAGUGGGUACUUAUCAUCAACAGUUAACGUACUGUGUGGUACAGUUUGUAGAAAAAGAGCCAAGGUUGGCCAGUACAGUGGUUAAGGGAUUGUUAAAAUACUGGCCAGUGAGAAGCAGUCAGAAGGAGUUGAUGUUCUUGAGUGAGCUGGAAGAGCUUUUGGAAAAAAUUGAUAUGCCGGAGUUCGAAAAAGUCAUGGUCCCAUUAUUCCGCCGUAUAGGAUGCUGCCUUAAUAGCUCCCAUUUCCAGGUAGCUGAACGAGCGCACUUCUUAUGGAACAACGAUCAUAUCCUCAACCUCAUCAUGCAAAACAGGCAAGUGAUUUUGCCUCUUGUCUUCUCAGCCCUAGAACGCAACACCCAGAACCACUGGAACCCAGCAGUGCUUACCCUGACACAAAACGUGAGGAAAAUAUUCUACGAGAUGGAUGAAGAGCUUGUACUUGCCUGCCAGGGCAAGUUCCAGGAAGAAGAUUCGAAGUUAACUGUGGCGGCUGAAAAGCGGCGGCUAACAUGGGAGCGCCUUGAAACUGCUGCAGCUUUUCAACCCAUUGCUCAUAACAAUCUCUCGGGUCUGGUAAACCCCCCACCAUGUGCUGUCACGUGC